AUGGAGGCUCGUUCAUCAGAAAAAAUGUCCACCGGUUCUCUCUUCCUCAGAAUGAUCGGCGUCGGUGAGGCCAGGAUUGGUAUGAUAUGGUUCAUGCUGGCCAUUCUUUUCGGCUUCAUAGCCAACAUCGUUGUCCUCGUUGGCUGUGCCUCACCUGAGACGCAAUCAGUCUAUCUCUUCAGAGUCGGAAGCGCGGAGCUUGUAAACGCAACCGCUAAUGUUACUGGUAUCUCUCCAAAUAAGCUGCAAACAUUCGAGCUUCCCGAGUACUGGUAUUGGGGCCUCUCAGGCGUGUGUAUGAACGUCAGAACCAGGAAUCUGUUCGACGUUGAAGAGAAAAUCACCUGCAAACAGAGCUUCCCACCCGUGUUCACCAUCGAAGACAUGAUUUCUUUCGCCGCCGAGGCACAUCUCGGGGACAACAAGAAUACGACAGUCAAGACCAAGAUGAUGGAACCAUGGACGAAUGCACUUGCAAAGAUGCAAGACGAUCUUGUCGAACCGUCCCGCCCCAGAGACCUCAUGCGAGCUGCGGCUGCCUUUUGUGUUCUUUCGACCAUCCUGGCUUCUAUCAUUUUAAUCCUCACUGCACUGUACCUUACCAUUCUACGCAACUUUCUUAGGCGCUGGAUGCUUUACGCCCUCGCCUUACUUGACGCAUUGUUGUUCACUGGUUCAGGAGUCAUGAUCGGCUAUGCUAUGCGCGAAGGCCCGAUGGGGAUUAUCGAACUUUCUGGUAUACCCCAAGGACAUAUAUAUGGAGCUGGCAAUACCGCCUUUACCUUGGGUGCUCUAGUCAAUGUUGUUGCUUAUGUGGUUCAAGACUUUGCUGGUAUCGACAACUGCGAAACAGUACAAAAACAAAAGGGACAUCGCCCCAAAUCUCUAGUCAGGUUAAUGUAA